UUGUUUUCAGGAAUUAACGUUUCUGCGGUAGCAGGCGGUCAGAGUAUCGGUGUGCAGCGCUCUGUUUUAAAGCAGUUUGCCGACGGUGACGUGAAAGUUCUGUGCGCGACGUCGGUUGCUGAGGAAGGCAUUGAUAUCCAGAAAUGUAAUCUUGUUAUCAAUUAUAACUACGUCACCAACGAAAUUGCACACGUGCAAAGGCGAGGUAAUCUUUAA